AUGGUGAAGUACGAAGUUCAAGUCCCUACUUAUAAGGCAUCUGCCGUUAGUCCUUCUGAACGUGAACGUAUUUUGGCUCGUCCUAUCCAAGAUACCCAAAACAUCCGUAAAAUAGUGGAGCCUAUUAUUGACGAUGUAAAAGCUCGUGGUGAGAAAGCUCUCAUUGAAUGCGCUGCCAAGUUUGAAAAGGCAGAAUUAAAGUCCGCUGUAAUGAAAGCUCCCUUUAAUGAGUCAAUGAUGAAGGUUGCUCCAAGAAUUCGAGAGGAUAUCGACAUCGCUUACAACAACAUCUAUGCUUUUCACUCUGCUCAAUUACGCCCCAACAUCUCAGUUGAAACCAUGCGUGGUGUUGUCUGCCAGAGAAUGUCUCGUCCUAUCGAGCGUGUUGGAUUAUAUAUUCCAGGUGGUACAGCUGUCUUGCCCUCAACUGCUUUGAUGUUGGGCGUUCCGGCCAAGGUUGCUGGUUGCCCUCAUAUCGUCAUCUCCACACCUGCUCGUAAGGAUGGCACUGUGGCUCCAGAGAUUGUCUAUAUUGCCCACAAACUUGGUGCCGAGGAAAUUAUUUUAGCAGGUGGUGCUCAAGCUGUAGCUGCUAUGGCUUAUGGUCUUCCCGGUAUUCCCAAGGUUAACAAGAUUUUCGGUCCCGGUAAUCAAUUCGUGACUGCAGCUAAAAUGCACGUUCAGAAUGAUUAUGGUGCUUUAGUUGCUAUCGACCUUCCUGCCGGUCCUUCUGAAGUAUUGGUCAUUGUUGAUGAAUCUUGCAAUGCCGAAAGCGUUGCUCUUGAUUUACUUUCGCAGGCAGAGCAUGGUAUGGAUAGUCAAAUUGUUUUGAUUGCAUUAGCACUUACGGAUGAGCAAUUUGAUGAAAUCGAGGCUGCCAUUAAUCAACAUGCCUUGCGUUUAUCUCGUUCUUCUAUUAUCCAACAUGCAAUUAAGAAGUCCGUCAUCAUCCGUACUGACUCUGCCGAUGAAGCAUUUGAAUGGUCCAACCUCUAUGGCCCAGAACAUCUUGUUCUUCACCUUAAGAAUGCUUCCUCUUAUCUUCCAAAAGUGUUUAACGCAGGUAGCGUUUUUGUUGGUCCCUGGUCUCCUGUUAGUAUGGGAGAUUAUGCUUCUGGCACAAACCACACAUUACCAACUUACGGAUAUGCUAGCUCCUAUUCUGGUGUAAACACAGACAGCUUUUUGAAAUACAUUACUACCCAAGAACUUAGUGAAGAGGGUAUUCAACGUCUGGGUCCUUCUGUUAUUCGACUUGCCGAAUUGGAAGGACUUACUGCUCACGCUGACGCAGUUCGCGUUCGUGGUGUAAAGCUUUAA